AUCUAGACAAAAGAGACCUCUUUGUUCUUCCGUUUGUCGUUUAACUCUACAUUGGGACUGACUUCGUGCAUCGAUUAAAGUAUCUGUAGUGGGUAGAAAAGAGGAGCUAACGGCUUACUGUCCCGCACUGUCAUCUAGUGUUAGCUAGCCGACAGCUAACAAGGAUGUUGCUAGCAAUUUGCAUGACAACAGCGAAAACUAAUAUUAGCCUUUUUCAGCCAAUCAAGUUCAGAAGAUCAUGUCUAGGAAGUAAGCAACGGCGAUGGAAGGGAAAGGCCCGUACCGCAUCUAUGAUCCAGGCGGGAGUGAGGUUAAGGCCAGGGAGGAGGCCGGAGGGGGCAGCAGCUAUCGACAGCUACUGGAGGAGAACAGCAUGCUGAGGGAGAGGAUGAAGGGACUUAAGAGUCUAGGUGAUUUGCUGGAAGAGUCUCAAUCAGAGGCAUCAAGGCUCCGGCAGCGAGUGGAGGAACUUGUGAGAGACAACGAGGCCCUGAAGUCCUCCAGCUUUGCUGCCAGUCUUUGUAUGGGAGGACCCAUUCAGACUGAGACGCAAAAGCAAAGGGAGGAGCAAGCAAGCUGUUUAGGGAAGGCCCUACAACCAGAGAAGCCUAAUGAGGUUUCGGCGGAAUUUGAGGUUUUGAAUGUAGAUGGAAAGACUUCAGAAGCCUUGACUGCUGGGUUGGUGGCAGGAGUAAUCCCCGUCCUGCCUCAGGAGAACAUAGAGCUAGCCAGCCAGCUUAAGAGACUAGAGAGCUCCUUCAGCAUAUUCGCCGAGGAGUCCAACCCGAACCAGCUCCUAGCUCACCUCGGUCGCAUGGCUGUGGAGUUUCACCAUCUUUCCUCUAAGGUCCAGAAGAAUGAACAGAGGACUUCCCUCCUACAGACUCUAUGUGAGCAGCUCAGACAGGAGAACAAUGAGCUUCGAAAGAAAAUGGAAGAGGAUCAUCACAUCAGGAAUCAAGACUUGGAACAGCUGAGACAGGAGAAUCAGAAACUUAAGGAGCUGGUCACAGGAGGAGCGGCGGCAUCAACCACAGCGCCACCUGACACCGAAGCUCCUGAGGCCAAAGAGGAGCCUGUGAAGGAAGAAUCGGCCGCUGUAAGACCCAAGAUGGAGGCCACCACACCGCAGAAGAGUGGAAAAGCUGCAGAGAAAACCCCAACUAAGCCUUGUGAUGUCGAGGUGUAUGAAAAGAAGAUCAAGCUUUUGGAGAAGCAGAGAAAGGAUGUACUGGAGGUGAACAAGCAGUGGGACAUUCAGUGGAACUCCAUGAAGUCACAGUUUGAACAGAAGAUCACUGACCUCAGACAACGGCUGGCUGAGUCCCAGAAAACUGUGCUCGAGCUGGAGGCAGAGCGAGAGCAAAGGCAGCGCGACUACGACAAGAAGCUGCUGCUGGCCAAGUCCAAGAUUGAAAAUGUGCAGGGGGAGAAAGAAUGCCUCAACUCUGAGACCACUGAGCUUAAGCAGAAGGUUCGCUACCUGCAGGAUCAGCUGCUGCCGCUCAGCAAACAGAGGGAGUACCAGGAGAAGGAGAUCCAACGCCUCAACAGGGCUUUAGAGGAAGCCUUAAACCUGCACACCCCUUCAUCCUCCCAAAAACCACCUGGUCAGGGUAACUUUGCCGAUGCAGCCAAUAACCUGAAGAAACAGGAACUGCUCACUCAAAUUGCUGUACUAAAGGAACAGGUGAAGAUCUUUGAAGAAGACUUCAGGAAAGAGAGAAGUGACAGGGAGCGAAUGAAUGAGGAAAAAGAGGACUUAAGGCGGCAAGUUGAGAGACUCCAGGGUCAGAUCACUAAUUUGACCAAUCAGCUUCACCAGGCACAGAACGAGUGUCAGAGAGAACGUACGGAGAGAUGUAAGCUGGAGAGACUGCAGAUGCAGCAUCACAAACAGGGGCAGCAGCAGGAAAGACGUACCUCAGACCCCACGUCAGGCUCAGUGAAUGGCCCGCUGAGCCCUCCCUACUGUGGUCCCUUUGUGCAGGUGGGACCGCAGGGCCUUGAAGGCUGGCCAGUACACUUCCCUCCCCGGAUGCCCAAUGCAGCAGGCGCCACUGCCGCAGCCACAGCCGCAGCACCGCCCCCUGUACGAGACUUCCAGCCUGUUACCCCGGGUUUUCCUUGGCAAUCGUCAUUCCCACAGCCCAGAGGGGCGAGAGCAGUAGGAGAAAGUUCAAGACCACCACCAGAAAAUGCAGAUCAGUCCGCAGCGGCGGCGGCAGCAGCAGCAGCAGCAGCAUCAGCAGCAGCAGCGACAGCAACGGGAUUUGGAAAAAGGGAGCGACAGAACAUUGACCCUGGAAAGCACUAAAGCAUCACCGUACCCACCAAACGGAGUCUGGGUAGUAGCAUGAAAUCAGUUUGUUUUUGAGUUGACAAGGUGUGAUUUGAUCUAUAAUUUUCCUACUGAACUGUAGAUAUCCUAUUGUAAUGUUGUUUAUACUUGCGUUUUAUAAGGCUAUUUGUGAAACACUUCGCUAUUCUGAAUAUAUACAUGAAAUAUUAUUUAGAUUUUUUUUUUUUAUCAGGAACUGAAGUCAUUUGUUAAAUAGGUUGGAAUAAUUAGCAUUCUUUUUUUUCUCCAGAAAAUAUACCUGUGUGCUUGUAUCACCGCAAAGAUGUAACAACUGGACGCUUAGUUUGUUACUCGUAGGGUUACAGGAAGCCAUUCCCCAAUAUGACUAAGACAACAUACUCAUUCCAACAAUGAAUGAUUAUAUAUACGUACAUUAAAUCAUAGAAUUUACAAUGUGAAUGUUGAUUGAUUUAUGAAGAUUUCUUCAAUACCAUUGAUGUUUUAGAACUGUCCCAUACGUGUAACUGUUCAAAAGUGGUUGUUGAAAUACAAAAAUUUUGGGAAAUGAAUUUUGAUGGUAUCAUACCAAAAACAUGAUUGUGAUUAUUGAUAAUUUAUUUAUAACCUGCUGUUUUGAUAGUUGCAUUGACUAAGUGUAAAUCAUUGUCUUUAGUAAUGCUGUUCUUUCUAUGUUGUUAGUGUAAUCCAAAUAUAUUGUAGCUAUUGACAUUGUAUGUUUGUAUCAGACACAAUACACAAUGCACAGAACAUACACAGCCUUUUUUUCCCCAUGAUGAUGGACCUAAUCUCAUUAAACACAACACUUCUACUUGAUUACAAUUGAUUUGACCACUCAUUCCACUAUUCACACUCACCUAACAGCAUCUUGUACCACAGUUAUGCCCCCAAAUAGAAGUUAGAGCACCAAAUCCUUUAGGCAAUGGCUGUCUUCUCUUCUUACAGUUAAUCCGUGUUCAUUUACUGAGUUUAAUUGCAACUAGUACUGACAAGUUCAAUGUUUGUUUAAGAUAAAGAAAGGAAAAUAUUCUUAUCAGUAUUUGGAAAUCCUAGACCAUAUAUAAUGGCAGUUGAGUUAAUACAACCCUCUCCCAGGAUGUCUGACUGCUCUGUCUACUUCAACCAGCAUUACAUGCAUACUGUCCUGUUGACUGAUGUGAUACAAAGUCAAGACCCCUGAUACACAAGAUACACACCCACAGAGAUAAUAUGCUUUACCCUUUUAAAAGGAUAAUCUCAAAUCAAGUCACCGUCCAACUGAAUACCCAUUGAAUUUCCUUAGUACACGUCAGAUGAAGGGCUCAAAAAUGUGUGCAGAUGAACUAGAAAAAGGCUCCAUUUAUCAAACAAGUUUAGUUACAGGGAACAAAAAUCCUGAUGGGUGAGAGCUGAAAUGAGAAAUUGCACUUUUGAAUUGAAAGGUAUGCUGUAAUUACUGGCAGUUGUAUUUUCUUGGUUUGUAGACUUUUCUUUUUUUUUUUUGCUGUAGGCAAAAGCACAUGUGAGACUUUUUGUAUUUGACUGGCUUAAUAAAUCUAUUCUAAAUGUC